AAAAUAAGAUCUCAAAACAGUUUCAUAUUUUAAGUCCAAAAACAGUUUCUUUUCCCAAAAUCUAACAAACUUUUUUCCAAAUCACAUGAAAAACCCUUGAAAUCUCAUUUUGAUCUGAUUAAAUCGGUAGCAGCAAUGCCAGUAUCGGCUUCAGCAAUAUACUUUUUAAAUCUCCGUGGCGAUGUUCUUAUUAAUCGCCUUUAUCGUGACGAUGUUGGGGGAAAUAUGGUUGAUGCCUUCAGGAUGCAUAUAAUGCAGUCAAAAGAACUUGGUACAUGUCCCGUCCGGCAGAUUGGAGGAUGCUCUUUCUUGUACAUGAGAAUUAGCAAUGUCUAUAUUGUGAUUGUUGUUAGCAGCAAUGCAAAUGUUGCAUGUGCAUUCAAGUUUGUUGUUGAGGCUGUUACAUUAUUCAAAUCUUAUUUUGGUGGUGCCUUCGAUGAAGAUGCCAUCCGCAAUAACUUUGUUUUGAUUUACGAGCUAUUGGACGAAAUUAUGGAUUUUGGUUACCCUCAAAAUCUUUCACCUGAAAUCUUGAAACUCUACAUUACUCAAGAAGGUGUUAGGUCAUCCUUUUCAUCCAAGCAUGUAGAUAGGCCAGUUCCAAAUGCAACAUUGCAAGUCACUGGUGCGGUCGGUUGGCGCAGGGAGGGUCUUGUUUAUAAGAAGAAUGAGGUAUUUCUGGAUAUUGUGGAGAGUGUUAAUCUCCUUAUGUCUUCAAAAGGUAGCGUCCUCCGUUGUGAUGUAACUGGAAAAGUUCUCAUGAAAUGCUUCCUUUCCGGAAUGCCUGAUUUGAAGUUGGGCUUAAAUGAUAAAAUUGGUCUCGAGAAAGAGUCACAGCUCAAGUCCCGUCCGACUAAGAGUGGUAAAACUAUUGAGCUCGAUGAUGUUACUUUCCACCAGUGUGUAAAUUUGACAAGAUUCAACUCGGAAAAGACUGUCAGCUUUGUUCCGCCUGAUGGUGAAUUUGAAUUGAUGAAGUACCGCAUUACUGAAGGAGUAAAUCUUCCUUUCCGUGUAUUACCAACUAUCAAAGAAUUAGGCCGUACACGUAUGGAAGUGAAUGUUAAGGUUAAGAGUGUGUUUGGUGCAAAAAUGUUUGCUCUUGGAGUAGUUAUUAAAAUUCCAGUGCCAAAGCAAACUGCAAAAACGAACUUCCAGGUGACAUCAGGGAAAGCAAAGUACAAUCCAGCCAUUGACUGUUUGGUCUGGAAAUCUUCAAUAUGUACAACUUGGUGCAGGAUAAGAAAGUUUCCGGGACAAACUGAGUCAACAUUGAGUGCUGAAGUUGAGUUAAUUUCGACAAUCACAGAGAAGAAGUCCUUGACUCGGCCGCCAAUUCAAAUGGAAUUUCAGGUUCCCAUGUUUACAGCAUCUGGUUUGCGUGUUCGGUUUCUUAAGGUGUGGGAGAAGAGUGGCUACAACACAGUUGAGUGGGUUCGUUAUAUCACUAAAGCUGGUUCGUACGAGAUAAGGUGCUAAGAUGAAACAAGUACUUGAGUUGAGGUUGUCGUCGAUUGACAGCCAGUGUAAAAAUAAAUCUUUGAGGGAUGGAAUCAUACCAACACUUAUGCACCGGAUCCUGUCAUAACUUUAAAUGUGCUUGGGCGAGAAUAGUACUAGGAUGGAUGAUCCGCGGAGAGUUCUCAUGUUUCAUCUGUUACCGACCCCAACUAGUUUGGAAUCGAGGCGGAGCUUGAUUAUCUUUUUUAUUGGUUUUUCAUUUUUUUUUUUUUGGCUGUUGUUGUGAGUGAUUUGUGAGGACUGGCUGAGAAGAGAGCUUUAGUUAAUACUUGUCUAGUCCUUUUGCUUCUUGUUGUUGGUUUGUUUGAUAUAUUUUCCCACACAAAUUACUGUAUCUUGUCUAGCUGGUUCCUGGAAGUGAAUUAGAAGGUAUUUAACCUUC